AUGUUUUUAAAUCGAACGAGAAAGCUACAUUUAGGAACAAGGACUAUCAACAAUUUUGUUCAUCACCUUCAGAUCCUGUACAUUUUGAAAUGGACACUUCUCAAGAAAAUUAGAAAGCAUGUCAGAAGCAGAUGCUAUGAAUGUCAGCUGUUUUUCUCAAGACUUAGCUUACCCAGAUUCUCCAUUCUGCAUGGAAACCAGCAGUACCACUUCAGACUUGCCUCAGAUAUCAACAUUGAAAAGUACUCACAGAAUGUACUAAUUCAGCCAAGUGACACCAGCAUUUCUUCUUUGAAACAGUUUGAACCCAUUUGCAAAUUUCAUUGGGCAGAAGCCUUUAAUGAUGAAAUUACAACAAAUCAAAAUUCCAUGGAAGGCUUACAUUACACAGAGAAGCCAGAAUUACAAAGUCAUAUGUGUAAUUAUGAAAAAGACAGCAGUAUAAAGAAAAAUUUGUUUAAGGAAGACAGUCCUGUGGGAAUUAGCAUUUCCACAAAUAAAGACCAACCUGCUAAUGAGUCUGUCAGUGAAUCUUCUAGAAGUCCACCUCUAAUCCGCUGCUGUGGAGAUAAGCUGAAUUUCAUGGAAAAUUCACUGGCUAAAAGUAGUGCCAGGGGACCUGCCCGCAAUCCUACUCAACCUGAAAGCUUCUUCUAUAAGGAAAGUGUAUACAGUGAUGCUGAGGAAACACUGAAUAAAGAGAGUAGCUUUAACCUGCGUGAUCUGAGAGCUAACUAUGAAACAGAGACAGCAGUUUCACCAAGUGAAAUACAGAAUUCUGGAGAGAUGCCUCAGAUGUCAGUGAGUCACCAAAAGGAAGCCAGAGUGGAGGACGUGGAGAACCCGGGGGUGUUCUCAGCUUGGUCCCCCACAGACAUUUCCUGGAGUGGUGGAGGAUUCAGGGGGGACUGCAAAACCUCUGACAUGGGGCAAAGCUUCGAAAACUUACAACCUCUGGAGGAAGACAUGGCUUUAAAUGAAGUCUUACGGAAAUUAAAACAUAGCAACAAAAAGCAGCAAAUUCGAAUCCAAGACCUACAGUGUAGUAACAUGUAUUUAGAGAAGAAGGUUAAAGAAUUACAGAUGAAGAUUACCAGACAGCAGGUGUUGGUUGACGUCAUUAAUAAGCUAAAAGAGAAUGUCGAAAAAUUAAUUGAAGACAAAUACAAAGUAAUCUUAGAGAAGAAUGAUGCUGACAGAACAUUGAAGAAUGUGCGGGAGAUUCUAUCUGACACCCAAAAACAUCUUCAAGAAUCUAGGAAUGAAAAGAAAACCUUACAGCUAGAGCUUAAAAAGAUCAAGGUGAAUUACGUUCAUCUACAGGAAAGAUAUAUGACAGAAGUUCAGGAAAAAAAUAAAUGUGUAAGUCAGUGUAUCGAGAUGGACAAAACCUUAAGCAAGAAAGAAGAAGAGGUAGCGAGGCUGCAGCAAGUCAAAGGAGAACUGGAAAAGGCCACCGCUUCUGCUCUGGACUUAGUGAAAAGGGAAAAAGAGACCCGAGGACCAGAGUUCCUGUCUUUACAGGAGAAAUUCCAGAAACACGAAAAGCAAAACAUACAAGAAAGACAGAAGCUGAAAUCUAGUCUUGACAAAUUGGUUGCUCAAGUUAAAAGUUUGAAAUUCAUCUCUGAAAAUGAAAGGGCUAAGAAUAUGAAACUUCAGCAGCAGAUCAAUGAAAUCAAAAAUGAAAAUGCCAAACUUCAGCAACAGAUUACCAGGAGUGAGGAGCAAAACUAUGUCCCUAAGUUGGAGAUAGCUGAGUUAAAGGAGCAAUUGGAGGAGGCUAUGGAGUCAGAUACUACAAAGGAUACGAAGAUGAUACAUUCUGAUUUGUUCCUGAAUUGCCCACCUUGUGAAGACAAGAGCCUGAGUCCUCCAGAUGAGAAAAGAACUCAGCUGUCCUCCAAAAUUCACAAUCUGCUAACUCUGAUGGUGGGACUUCUCACAUGCCAGGACAUCACCAAUCCUGAUGCUGAACAUUUCAAAGAGAGCAAGAAAAUUAGUGAUGUAAUGCUGCAAAAAUUGAAGUGCUUGUAUCUUCAAAAGAAAACUUUAGAUAAAGAGCUACUGAAACAUAAAGCCAGAAUCACAACCGUUAGAGAGUUAAUUGCUAAUGAAAAAGCAUUUCAAGAUCAGGUUACUGAGGUCACAGACUUUGAUUCAGAUGAAAUCAAGAAUGUCAGUGAUGUACCUAUCUUAUUGGGAGCCAGACUGGAUAAGUACCACAAUCUAAAUGAGGAGCUUGAUUUCCUGAUUGCAAAAUUGGGAAAUCUUCUAGAGUCAAAAGAAGACCACUGCAACAGACUCAUUGAAGAAAAUGACAAGUAUCAAACACAUUUAGGCAACUUAACAGAUAAGGUUUUGUCAUAUGAAGAAAUUAUCAAAUGUGCUGACCAAAGGCUUCAGAUAUCCCACUCCCAGAUUGCACAUUUAGAAGAGAGAAAUAAAAAUUUGGAAGAUUUAAUUAGAAGACCCAGAGAGAGAACUAGAAGAGUGAGACCUAGAAGAUUAGAAAAUCAGCCGAAGUCCAUGACCAUGGUAGGUCAUCUUGAUGAUCAUUUUAAAGAAGAUUAUAUUUCCAUGUAA